GCGCUCACGUCGCAGCGACGGCGGUGGCGAGCGGCGUCAGAGCUUGAAGGGGGGGCUGACGGCUGCUGGCGGGUGGCGGUGUUGAAGGCGAGAGCUUGCUUAGCCCUUAUCGCUUCUGUCUCAGGACUUGGACAGAGAUUGAGGGGACGAGGGUCAUUUGCGUGGGGCUCUGUCUUCCGCGUGCGCGUGGUCGUCAGGAGCGCAGCCCGGACUCCGCUGUAAAUCCUCCGGCUCCUUUCCCGCACGCCUCGAGGUGGCGGCGGCGGCGGCGGCGGCAACCAGAGAGCGUCUUACCUUCCCUCAGCCCUUCCCCUUGUCCCCCCCCUCCCGAAAGGGCCCGGUCUGCGCCCCACCCCCGCCUGUCCACCCGCCCGCUACGCCGCCGCCAUGUCGGCGCAGGCCCAGAUGCGCGCGAUGCUGGACCAGUUGAUGGGCACCUCCCGGGACGCCUUCACAGUUGUUGAUCACAUAGCAUGGUCAUCCACUCACAGCUUAAAAAAAUACAGGGAGCAUCGGAGAGAAUGGGUUCAAUGUAUCUAUGCCUGACUACUUCAAUCUGCAAGGGAGUGUCAGAAAGGCCCCGCAUUCGCCGAGCCGAGAUACUACUCGUCAACGAAUCAAAUUCAGUGAUGACAGAGUAUGCAAGAGUCACCUUCUCAACUGUUGCCCUCAUGAUGUCCUCUCUGGGACUAGAAUGGAUCUUGGAGAAUGUCUGAAAGUCCAUGACCUGGCUUUAAGAGCAGAUUAUGAAAUUGCAUCCAAAGAACAAGAUUUCUUCUUUGAGCUUGAUGCUAUGGAUCAUCUGCAGUCAUUUAUUGCCGAUUGUGAUCGAAGAACAGAAGUGGCCAAGAAAAGAUUAGCAGAAACUCAAGAAGAGAUUAGUGCUGAAGUGGCAGCAAAGGCAGAACGUGUUCAUGAGUUAAAUGAAGAAAUUGGUAAAUUGUUGGCUAAGGUGGAACAACUAGGAGCUGAAGGAAAUGUGGAAGAAUCUCAAAAAGUAAUGGAUGAAGUAGAGAAAGCACGGGCAAAGAAAAGAGAAGCAGAGGAAGUGUAUCGGAAUUCUAUGCCAGCUUCCAGUUUCCAACAGCAGAAACUUCGAGUCUGUGAAGUCUGCUCUGCUUAUUUAGGUCUUCAUGAUAAUGACAGACGAUUGGCUGAUCAUUUUGGGGGUAAACUGCACCUGGGAUUUAUUGAAAUAAGAGAGAAGCUUGAAGAAUUAAAGAGAGUGGUAGCUGAGAAGCAGGAGAAAAGAAACCAGGAACGCCUGAAGCGAAGAGAAGAAAGGGAGAGAGAAGAAAGGGAAAAGUUGAGGAGAGGGAAGGAAGAAAUGACAGUGAAUUUUUCCAGCGUUGGAAAGUCUCGAUCACAUAGCAAGAAUCCCAAAAGAUCCAGGUCCAGAGAGCAUCGCCGACAUCGAUCUCGCUCCAUGUCACGAGAACGGAAGAGGAGAACUCGGUCUAAAUCUCGGGAGAAGCGCCACCGCCACAGAUCUCGCUCUAGCAGUCGAAGUCGCAGCCGCAGCCACCAGAGAAGUGGGCACAGUUCUAGAGACAGAAGCAGAGAGCGAUCCAGGAGGAGAUCCUCAAAAGAAAGAUUCAGAGACCAAGACUUAGCAUCACGUGACAGAGACAGGAAUUCAAGAGACAGAUCACCUCGUGACAGAGAUCGAAAAGAUAAGAAGCGGUCCUAUGAGAGCGCUAAUGGCAGAUCAGAAGACAGGAGGAGCUCUGAAGAGCGCGAAGCAGGGGAGAUAUAAUUAGCUGUGUACAUAUCCUCAAUCCUUAAGCUUCCUAUGGAGUUACAUACUAUUGUUUAGUUUACAGCUGUUUGGGGUGACACAGGGAGCAGUUCCAGACACCGAUCCAGCUAGGCUAGAUAUACAGUAUCUAACUUGAUCUGAACUGAACUUGUUUUCCUGAUGAAGCCUAAACUACAUCUAUAGUUUCUGGUGAACCUGUAAUGCAGUUCUGAAAAUACAGUUUUAUAAAAGACGCAGAGGUCUUUAUUCUUUCAAGUAGGAGUGAUAGUGAAUGAAUUGUGUAACUUGUCUUGAGAUUUUUUGAGCAUUUGUAAAAUGCUGUCUUCCUUUCUAGUACAAACUGCAGCCUUUGGAAUUUUCCUUUUUAAUUCUUCUUCCUCUGACUUUUGUAUCCCCUAAUACCUCCGACCCUCUAAUUAUAAAAGAAAGGGGGGUAGGGAAGCAAUAUAACUUCUAAGGUUCUGUUCCAUUCAUUACUAGCUGAUUACAGUUCAGAGCAUUUAUACUGGAAUGUGUGCUGGAGAAAUUUAAAUAUUGGGAAUUUUUGUUUGUUUUAGAGUUGAAAGUUAAACAGCUGUUGCAUUACAUACUUUGCUUUUUUUAUUGACAAUUUGAAAUCAAACAAGUCUUGAUUUUUCUGUUGUAUUGAAUUGCUACAUUCGGGGUGUUUUUGAAAAGGGGGUGGGGGCAGGGACUUUUUCAUAAGCACUUCUUGUUUUCUUUUGUGUGUGUGGAAUAUAAAGGCUACACCCUUAUUGUAACAAAUAAUAGUAAAGUGAAAGAAACAAUCACCACCACCAUCAUUAAACUGUAACCUGUCUUAGUAAAUUGUCACUAGAACUAUGCUGUGGGCAUACCUUCUAUUCUGUUAUAUCAUUAAUAGUGCCUUACUGUGCAAGGCACCAAAGGAAAUCAAAUUAUACUUGCGACGAUUCAAGAUGAACUGUUCACCUGGGUCCUUGCCGACUAUAUUCCAGCUGCUUCAGGGCUGUCUGUAACAACUGCUAUCAAGACAGACUGGACCUGCAGAAGAAAUUGGGGUUUUCAUUUGUUUUUGUUUUGUAUUUCUUCUCAUUUAGCAAACUGAAAUAAAAACAUGGUAUAACUAACAUAA